UUAUAAGCCGCCAUUGUGGAAAACCUGAUGCCGAAUUGCCGUGCAGGAUCAAGUCGAUCGACUAACCAAUCGCGGGGACGAUGACACCGCCAAUACCAUCCUCGUUUCUCCCUCUUUCCAAUCCACAAACCCCACAAACUUAGUUGGUCUUGGAUCGAUGAGAAAGAUUUCAACCACAGCGUCAAAUUUGAUUGGCUUCAAGUAUUCAUUCAACCAUCGGGAUUCAGUCGAGAUCCCUUGGAGUUGAGUGUAGUUUGUUUGUGGCUGGGUAAGAGGAGCAGUUCGCGGCGAUCCUUUUCCCUUUGGUGAUUGAAUCACAUCAGUCUGCCGGGAUUUAUUCGUGCGAUCAGGUUUUUGUUUGCUUUUGCGCUCUGUCUUCCAAAGGUUAGCUUUUGUUCUACGUCUGCUCCUCUUUUCCAAGUUUUGGUUUGAUUUGUCGAUACCUCUGCAAACUCGACAGAAAAGAACAGUUAUUUUUGAAGCACUUUCGCCCUCUUAUUUGAUGCAUCUUCUCAAGGUGUUGUUUUUCGGUUAUGGUUUCGCUAGGGUUCUCUAAUCGGUAUUGAAGAGAGAUUCCACUGAUGGAAGCAGUUCCUCAGCCUGAGAGGUCACCGAGAAACAGUCUCUCAGGUGGGGCUGCUGAUUUGGAUUCGUUGGAUCAGUUACUAUCCGGAGAUGGUUGGUUGGAAUUUCAUGAUGGCUUCCCAGCUGAUUCUCCUAACUCCAUGAGCCCCUUCAAUUCUUUGAGUUUUUCACCUCUUUUCGAGGUCAACAAUGACAGCCCUAAUCCGCUGGAAAAUUGUGACCGAGAAAACAUGGGAAGGCCUGGAGACGAAACCCUACCUGGAGAUGUCGAUAUAUUGCAUUUAGUUGACCCAAAUUCCAUUGGACAAUGCAUACGUACGGUCUUCACUAGUGAGUUAAGAUCAGCAAGUCCGAGCUCAGAGCUAGGAACAAGUAGGUGGAUUCAAACAAAGGAUUCCAAUUUCUAUGUGAAAGAGAAAUUGCUGCAGGCACUUGAUCAUAUCAAGGAGACUCAUAGGGAUGGAGAAGUCCUAAUUCAGCUAUGGGUGCCUAUGAAGAGAGGAGACCGAUUGGUUCUUACAACUUAUAGUCAACCUUUCACACUCACCUCGAAUUCUGAGAAACUAGUGAAUUAUAGAGAGGUCUCCACAAACUACCAGUUGUCAGCUGAAGAGAACUCUGGCGAGGCAUUAGGUUUGCCUGGACGUGUGUUUGUUGGAAGAUUACCCGAAUGGACACCAGAUGUUCAAUAUUUUACCAGCUAUGAGUAUCCACGGGUGAAUUAUGCUCAACUGUUCGAUAUACGGGGAAGUGUAGCUCUUCCUGUUUUUGAUCAUGGCUGUCAAUCUUGCUUGGGUGUAGUGGAACUUGUCAUGACAACCCGGAAGAUAAAUUACACUUUUGAGCUAGAGAAUAUUUGCAAUGCUCUUCAGGAAGUAGAGCUUAGUUCUUCUGCAGCUGUCACUGUUCCGCAGCUCAAGGUAAUUAGUAAUUCAUACCAAGCUGCUUUAUCUGAAAUCCUAGAGGUGUUAAAAACCAUUUCUGUGAUGCACAUGUUACCAUUAGCUCAAACCUGGGUUCCAUGUAUUCAACAAGGUAAAAAAGGCAUCCGCCAUUCUGAUGAAAACUAUAGGGAGUGUGUCUCCACUGUUGGAUCUUCUUGUUAUGUGAAUGAUCCUUCUAUGAUGGGUUUUUAUGAGGCCUGUUCUGAGCAUCACUUGCUGAAGGGACAAGGAGUAGCUGGUAUGGCUUUCACCACCAAUCAACCAUGUUUUUUGCCAGAUGUUAGUGCUUUGAGUAAGACAGAAUAUCCACUCGCUCACCAUGCAAAGAUAUUUGGUUUGAAAAGUGCAGUUGCAAUACGCCUAAGAAGUAUUCUGACUGGGAGUUCUGAUUUUGUGUUGGAGUUCUUUCUUCCCCCUAAUUGCAUACUAAUUGAAGAACAGAAACUGAUGCUUGACUCAUUGUCAAGGACUAUGCAACAUGUUUGCCAAAAUUUAAGGGUUAUCACAGCGAAGGAGCUGGCAGAUGAGGCUACAUUGCAAUUGGAUAGAGCACUUCCGUCUGAUUUUUUGUUGGAUAAUUCUUCUUCCGAAGGAGAGCCAGGUAAACAAUGUGCCGCUGUCACUUCAAUAGAGGCUCAGACAAUGGACGUGUCUAGUGAUAUAACACCUUUGUCCAUAAGUACAGAAGAAUCCUCAAAGGAAAAAACAGGCCCUGUUUUUUAUUUUAAGGAUGAAGUUGAAAGAUUUGAUAGUGUAAGUGGCAUGGAUGAGGCUGAGGUGAUAUCACCUGCACAAAAGAAAUCUUCAAAGCUCAGGCAGCAUCCAGUAGGAUGGGAAAACAAAGAUAGUGAUAAUGAAGAUUCUUUAAAUUUUUACAGUAUCUGUUCUGAUGCUACAAAAACAACUGAAAAGAAGCACAGAAAAGCACAAAAGACUGUUAGUUUGGAAGUUCUUCGUAAGUAUUUUGCUGGUAGCCUGAAAGAUGCCGCAAAGAGCAUCGGAGUGUGCCCUACUACUCUUAAAAGAAUAUGCCGACAGCAUGGAUUAGCUCGAUGGCCUUCCCGGAAAAUCAAGAAAGUAGACCACUCUUUAAGGAAACUGCAAGUUGUUAUUGACUCAGUUCAUGGUACUGAUAAAGCCAUCCAACUCAGUUCCCUGUAUACAGAUUUCACAACGGCAUCUGUAUCAGAGAAGAACUCAUUAGGAGAAUUCCAAGAUAAAAACUCAAUGGGAGGCUUUCCAGUUUCCAAAUCAAUUCAAAAUGAUCAUCUACAUUCUGAUCAAGACAUAGAUGCGAUAACAAGCCAUCACCAUUCUUCCUCUUCUCACUCAUCAUCAUCUAGUCAAACUUCAAUUUUAUGUUCAACUCCACAUGGUGAAAAGCACUGUCUUCAGAUUGCAGGUGAAGGUAACCUUGAGGAAAAGGUUAGUGACAAUCAAGGGGCAAAGAGCCAGAUGACCUUGCAUCUUUCAACUAAAAGCACAUGGUCAUGUCCUAGAUUUCAAAAUCACAAAUCAUCUGGUGAGCAUUGUUCUUCUGGAAGUCUGUCACCUCCAGGUGAUCCCAAAAGCAGUUGGAUGAUAGUUAAAGCCGCAUAUGGUGCAGAAAAAGUUAGGAUCCGUCUUGAUCCUAACUGGAGCUUUGAAGAAUUGAGAGAUGAGAUUUUAAAGAGGUUCGACAUAAGCAUUAAAAAUUCAGUGAAUUUCAAGUAUCUUGAUGAUGAGUCAGAGUUGGUGCUACUGACAUGUGAUGCAGAUCUUCAGGAGUGCAUUCAUAUCUACAGAUCUUCAGAUACUCGAACUAUAAAAAUAUCUGUGCAACCAGUUGUUACUCCAAUUAUGGCAUCAUCAUAAGACAUUUGAUGCAGUUCAUAAUCAGGAGACCAAUCUGAAGAAAAGGCUUUCUUAUAGUUAUUGGAGUUUUUCUAGGAUAGAAUGAUCUUUGCGCUGACCAAUGCCCAAGAAAAAAUACAGUGGAAUUUUAGGCAAUAAACCGGAAGGACAUGCUAAAGCUCCCGAGUGAGUGACAUGGAAUUGCUCAAAAAAUUACAAGGUAUUAGAAUUGCUUGAAAUUGAUAUAAACACAAAAGGCGGAACAAAGAUUGAACCGGGAUUUGUAUAUUGUUUCUGCUGGUUUUCUGAAAUUUAUUGAGAACCUGCUAUAGAUUGCUUGAUUAUGCUAUUCGGUCUCAAGUGGUUGGAUAAUGUGAGGCAAUCAUCUUAAGAGAAUCUUUUGAACAGAAUGAUAUGUUUGCAAGAUGGCCAGCUUUUCACUAGUACAAUGGCACAAGGAUGAGUUGCAAUUAGUUUUGAGAUUUUUUUUCUUCUCAUUUUUAUGGGGGCAAAAGGAGUUACUAACAUACACCGAUCAAAGAAUGAACAUGGUAUCUACUUUAAGACAGCUGUAAAUACAUUCAGUGUCACAUGGAUCAUCAUCCAUCCCUGUUGUGGAUAGAAUUGUUGUGUAUUCAGCAUGAACCCAGACAACAAGAAUGUUGCAUAUGAAAUCAAUGCAUCCAAGAUCAAUAAACUCAAAGAUCACACCGGUAAGCAAUGAUAUGUUCAAAGAUAUUGAAACAGAUGUUACUAGCUAAUGGCAAGAUUUCCUGCAAUACUUAAAAUUGAAAGGAGUUCUUGUUCAUUGCAAGAAUAUAUUUUGUGGUGCCUAGUGUUGAACUUUCUUGAUAACAAGCAAUAUAUUUCUCCUAUUUUCAACAA